UGCAUGCAAGAUUAGAAACGAUGUACAAUCGGGCUGUGCUACUCAGGGCAUAUUUCAGCGUCGCAGAGCGAUGAACUGGCUGACGAUCUUUGUGGUUCCUGCCAUCUGUUUCCCCUACUUGUCUGCUCAUAUUAAGGAUAUUCCAAAAAGGUGCAAGGAAUUACCUGUAAUUGGCACUUGUCAUUCAUUGAAAGCAACCUGGUUCCACGACCCUCGCAUUCAGCGCUGUAAAAUGCUCGAACCUGGUGUUUGUGCUAAAGGCCACAACCUGUUCUCCACGGAGAAUGAAUGCAUAAAAGCGUGCAUCCCUUUGAAUCUAAAGAGCGCAAAAAUGUGCCUCAAGCUCCCAGUUCACGGCCCAUGCGGACCAGUAAUUGUUGCUUACUACUUUGAUCACCUCGAAAACCAUUGCAAAGUGUUCAACCGUACGAUCUGCGCCGAUGGUGAGAACAAUUUUGUGAGCGAACUGAAGUGCCAGGCGACGUGUCUCCACAAACACAAACCGUUGUGCAGCUUGCCACCAACACCUGGACAUUGCUACGGCAGGAAAUCCCACUGGCACUUUCUGGAGACAAGUAAUACGUGUCGACUUUUUCCAAAAGAUCAAUGCGGUGCUAAUCCCAAUGCUUUUACAUCGAUGAAAAAAUGCUUGGAUAGAUGCAGUUAUCGCAAGGCUGCUGUGGGCUCUACUCUUCAUGCACAAAUAAACCAGAAUCCGCAGCUGGUGCGGAGCAAAUCCGUGCGUUCCAGCUUCAGAAAGCUCAUCAGUCGUUCGUAAUCAAUCUUCUCAUAAAGAACACAGUUGUCUUUCGUAUGCAUGACUGUAUGAGUGUUCAUAAAUAAAUGCUAUGUUUUGCAAGAUCACAUUAAAAGUC